GGUCGCCGCCUCACGGAGGGGGUGGAAGAAGCGCAGCCAUGGCGGCGGGACCGGGAGCGGCGGGCACCGCUCGCGUCUCCUCAGGGCGGGAUCUGAACUGCGUACCGGAGGUGGCGGGAGCGUUGGGAGCCGUGGCCAGGCAGGGUUUCGAUUUCCUGUGCCUGCCGCUGUUCCACCCUCGGCACCGUCGGGAAUUCUCGGCGCCGCCGGCGCGGGACCGACCGGGACCCCAAACCCGCUCCGACCUGGUGCUGGCCGGCCGUGACUGGAACACUCUGAUCGUGGGGAAGUUGUCGCCGUGGAUCCGCCCGGAUUCGCCCCUGGAACACGUCCGGAAAAACUCCCAAAAGGCGCUGCGCCAGGAACUGGAUUUCGGCGCCUACCUCGGCCUCGCCGCUCACCUGGUGCCCCUCAGGGGACCCCACAACCCCAACCUGGCCCGGGGGCUCAGCGCCCACCUGCACAGCGGCCACCACGCCACACAGUUCUGGGUCCAGGUGCCGCUGGUGCCCCCUGAGGAGAGCCGCGAUGACGUCAUCGGGAACGAGGCCCCGCCCCCCAGCGGAGACGAGGAGAACACCUGGGAGUGGUGGCACAACUUCCGCACCCUCCUGGACUACAACAAACGAGUGGCGCUCGCCCUGGAACUGGGCCCGGACCUGCCCUCCCCCGCAGCCCUGGCCCGUUGGUUGGGUGAACCCGUACGUGCCGCCUUCCUCCCCACCCGCCUCUUCCUCACCAACAAAAAAGGGUUCCCCGUGCUGGGCCGAGGCCACCAGCGCCUGCUGGGACAGCUCCUCAAGCUGGACGUGCAGAUCAUCGUGCAGGGCGCCCCCCGGCACGGCGGCCGCCCCCUGGCCGCGUACCUGCAGUACCUGGAGCACCUGGGCCAGCACCGGCCCCCCCCCUCGGCCUACGAGCUCUACGCCCGCGGCUACGAGGAUUACCUGCAGAGCCCGCUCCAGCCGCUGAUGGACAAUUUGGAGUCGCAGACGUACGAGGUCUUCGAGAAGGAUCCAAUCAAAUACUGCCAAUACCAGCAGGCCAUCUUCAAGUGCCUCACGGACCGAGUGCCCGAGGAGGAGCGAGAGACCAACGUGCAGGUGGUGAUGGUUCUGGGGGCCGGGCGGGGUCCCCUGGUGGCCGCCGCGCUCCGCGCCGCUCGCCAGGCCGGCGCCCGCCUGCGCCUCUACGCCGUGGAGAAGAACCCCAACGCCGUGGUCACGCUGGAGAACUGCCAGUGGGAGGAGUGGGGCUCGCAGGUGGCGGUGGUGGCGCGGGACAUGCGGGGCUGGGCCGCCCCCGAGGCGGCGGAUUUGGUGGUGUCGGAGCUGCUGGGCUCGUUCGGGGACAACGAGCUGAGCCCCGAGUGCCUGGACGGGGCACGGGGCUGUCUGAAAGAGGACGGAGUUUCCAUCCCCCAAUCGUACACCUCAUUCCUGGCGCCCGUCUCCUCCUCCAAACUCUACAACGAGGUCAGAGGGUGUCGGGAGCAUGAUCGACACCCAGAGGCGCAGUUUGAGACCCCGUACGUGGUGAGGCUGCACAACUUCCACCAGGUGGCGCCGCCCCAGCCCUGCUUCACCUUCCAGCACCCCAAUCCCGACCCGUGCCCGGACAACAGCCGCUACACGGAGCUCUCGUGGCGGGUGGAGGUCGGCACCGUCCUGCACGGCUUCGCCGGAUACUUCGAGACGCGGCUCUACGGCGACGUCACCCUCAGUAUCCGGCCCGAGACGCACUCGCCGGGACUCUUCUCGUGGUUCCCGAUCUUCUUCCCCAUCAAGCAGCCGGUGCCGGUGCGGGCGGGGCAGGAAGUGUCGGUGGCGUUCUGGCGCGUGGCCACGCCCACAAAGGUCUGGUACGAGUGGGCGGUGACGGCGCCGGCGUGUUCGGCGCUGCACAACCCCACGGGGAGAUCCUACACCAUCGGGCUGUGACCCACGGACGGACCCACGGACGGACCCACGGAUGGACCCACGGACGGACCCACGGAUGGACCCACGGACGGACCCACGGACGGACCCACGGAUGGACCCACGGACGGACCCACGGAUGGAC